AUGCAAGGAAAGGGUGUGGCAUCUCUCCUGCUUGCCCCUUUUUUCAACUUUGACGUGUUCCCUUCAGAUGGCAACGGCGCUUUCAUUGCAGACACACAGGGUAGAAUCGACGGGAAAUGCAAGCAGUGCAAGGAUGAGGCGAAGGAAGGGGUGUUUCACCUCAUACAUUCCCAAAAGUGUAGUCACACGGGUUGCAACAAGUACCCUUCGUAUGGUUUCAAGGCGGAUGGCAAGAAGAGGUGCUGUGCCGACCACGUCGCGGAGGGUAUGACCAAUUUGCUCAAAAAGUGCGAAGAGUGUAGAAAGACAGCCAGCUAUGGCUUUCCUGGCCUCGCUCGGACUCACUGUGGCCAGCACAAGAAGAACGGAAUGGCUGGUCCAUCUAAAGGUACAGCAGAGCGACCAGUCGUCCCUCAGCCACGAGCACCUGCAACAGCAGUAGACGUCGCAGCAGCAGCAUUCGUUGCAGCGGGGGUGACCGCUAUGGAGUCCAGCGCAUCGCCCGGUGCAGGAUCGGCGGCGGCGAGCGAUGUUGAGCCAGCGACCGGAGCGGAGCAAGGGAUCAGCAGGCUAAGUGUCCUCGUAUCAGCAGCCGAAGCAGCAAGCGUUCAGGGACGCGAGUUUUCGCAUUUCUCACAGGAUGCAGAGAGGGUUGCACAAGCAGAGAAGAAAAGAAAGGAAGAAUCGGAGAAGCUUGUGCGUGAAAGGGAGAGAGAGGCAGCAGACAAGGCGAAAGAGGAGAACGACGAGCUGCGACGCAAGCUUGCAACUCUCGAGGCCAAGAGACGAGAGCAGCAGGCGGAAAUCAAUGCAGCGGCACAAGCGAAGGCAGACACAGAAAAGUUGGAGCGGCGACUCGCGAGAGUACAGCAAGACAGAGACAAACUACGCGACCAACUGAAGAAGGCUAGCCCACCCGCACGUGACCACCUGCGGCGCAGCACACAGCAGCAACCGCCGGUACAGCGGCCCGCUUUAACGGUACACGACGUGAUGGAAAAAGAUCUAUUUUCGCACGACGCGCUCAAGGAAAUCAAUAGCCUAAUCCACUGCAAGGGUCUCGGCACCAAGGUCGCUUUUGCCGAAGGCGAUACUCUCUUGACGGUAGUUCUCCCGGAUGUAGAUGUGCCCGCGGGGUACGAAAAGAAAGGUGGUGGAUAUACGUGCAUGGGUUACAUCAUGCAUGCGGAUGGUCUAGGAGCGCUCGUGAUCGAUCCGAGCAAAACCAUGCGCGGCACGAUCCCCGCCUGUCGAGCGUUCAUGGAAAUCAGCUUGUUGCGACUACUCAACCACUCGUUCGCGCCGAAUGCUAAAUUGGUAAUACAUGGGGGUGGAGGACGAAUGAAGCCAUGGUGGUACGAGAGGGCGGGGGGUGUGGAGUAUGGAUGGUGGUAUGAAUGCUCUAUCGUAGCGUGUGCAGACAUCGAGGUAGGAGCGGAGGUUACCAUCGAAUAUGCUGACCCUCCGAAGGGGGCAAAGCGACCACAACCGCCGAAAAGAGCAAGUAAGCGAUCGAGACGCCGGUGAUGUAGCGCCCAGUUGCGAGUUGGGGACGCGGUUGGAGUAAACGCAUUCUUGACCGCUUCUGUCCGUAAGUUAACAUCGUUCUUGCCGAUUUAUGGCAGUUUCUGUGGCAUUGGUAUAUGUGCGCCCCGCCGGCCUUGGGUAGUACCCUGACACAGAUGGUCGGGUCGUCGAAAUUGUAGGCAAUUGUGCCCUCGUGCGCUAGGU